UGUACAGGAAGCAGACGACAUGUAAACAAAACAACUGCGCGCGAUAUUCGGUGUACGUGUGUCGUGUAUCGGCAACAAAAUCUGCUGUUUUGGUUUUGCGGAGGACACGUAAAAUGAGGGCCUAGGCCUACUUUGUUUUUAUUCACAGGCAUCACAAGACUUGACGAAAAAAAAUGGAACCGCCAAAAUUGUGAGCGAUUAUGGAUAGGCUGGAAGACGACAUUCCAUGCUACAAAAAGAAGGACUGUGAUGCUUUUGCAGUAAAGCAACUACUGGCUCUCAGCGUGAGUUCAUCAGAAUACCCGAAGGAGUAUGGGGACCCAGGCUACCCACCAACUUCCUGUAAAAGGAUCAGCAGGCAAAAAUAUCAACCAGUUAAAGAAAAAGAAGUUACGAAUGAGACACAUGAAGAAAAAUCACAAGCAAGGUUGACCACUGCUGAUAUGUAUCUACUUCGAUUGAAAGAAAACAAUGAAAAUGGUGCACUUGUACACGAUGAUUUCUGCGGAUGGCAGUUAUGCCCAACUAUCCACGCCGAAACUGUCAAACAUGGAAUCGUCGACGCAAGCCGUCUGAAACCCAGAAACAAGAUAUUCAACGCGAUUCACCGCAGCGUGAACAGCGCCACCGGCAAAUUGAGCGCGCGGACUUCAACACCGCCGUCGAAACUGAAAACGUGUCUGAGUACCCGGUUGGACUGUCAGCGACCAAGUAGUGUUUCAUCACACCCUUCUAGUAGCAAUAAUCGGAAGGAGGAGCUAGGGGUCUGGCAGGAACCACCCCCUCCUGUUCCUAUAGAGUAUAACUUCAAGUAUCUCAAACAUCCCAGGCAGUAUUCAGAUCAAUACAGAGAGGCUUACACCUACACCAAGAUGAAAGAGAAGAGCCUUGGUCGAUGCUCCUUCAUUGGUGGAGUCAUUGUUCCCCGACAAAGAAUGAGAUGUGUGAAGGGGAAAGCAAUGAUCAGCGGUAAAUUAUCCAGCCCAUCAUCAACACCAACUUGCUCUGAUCCAGAUCAAGUCAAGUCAUCGAUGAUCAACUGGCAACUGAACCACCAAUUAGUAGAGUCUUGUGACGUGGAGCUGUCUGUCAAUAAUCCCUCACCCACUGAGAUAGCCAUGCUGUCGAAGAUUCCUCACAUCCAUCGCUCUUCACCGUCAAUUCCGAGCAACACUAACGGCAAGUAUGGUGGAAAAGGCACAGACAAGCCUUAUCCAUUCCAACUCAACAUCUCGGCCGACGCACAGACUGUCAUUGCACCAACCGUCAAGAAAUGCGGCCACCCCAUCUUCAUCCAUUGACAAGAACAUUUCUUGAUAAUUUAUUUGUUGCAAUUUUUUUUUGAUCUGUCAUUCCCAUUUCUUUUGUUUUCUUUAGUUAUUUUUUUAAUGUCAUUUUAUU